AUGGUUAAGGAAGUUUGUCACCAUUUUAAGGCUGCAGAAAAUAAUCCAUAUCAUCUUCAGCUUUCUGCAGCAAAACCAUCUUCAAAAAUUCAGAAUUUUCAGCAGCCAACUUCACAGCUUCAUAGCUUCAACAAAUUUGAAGGGUUAAUUCCAGCAUCACUUGGGAACCUCACUCUUCUCACUGCAUUGGAUCUUUCAUUCAAUAAUUUUAUUGGUCAAGUCCCAAAAUCACUAUCUAACUUGGGGAAAUUCACAAAUCUAUCUCCUGGAAAUAAUAGUCUUUUUGGGCCGAUUCCAGAUGUUUUUGGCGACCUCAGCAAAUUAAUUUAUCUGGAUCUUUCAUCCAAUAAUUUCAGUGGUCCAUUGCCACCAUCAGCAUUCAACCUUACAAGGCUUUCUGUUUCAGACUUUUCCGAAAAUCAACUUGAUGGUCAAAUUCCCAUUCAGAAUUCGAGAAAUCUGCAGUAUUUGGACGUUUCUAGCAACACAAUUUCUGGGCAAAUUACCCGACAUGAAACAGAGUUGUGGAGCAAAUUGUACUUCCUAAAUCUCUCUCACAAUUCCUUUACAAGUUUUGAGCAAAAUCCAUCCAUGAUAAACCUGCAAUAUCUUGACCUUAGAACAAACUUGCUUCAAGGGCCACUUCCAUUUGUACCACCUUCCAUGAUUGUUCUUUCAGUUGCAAACAAUAAACUCUCUAGACUGAUCCCUUCAUGGUUUUGCAGCUUAACAUCCGUUCAAUAUCUGGAAGCGUUUAAUAAUAGCUUGAGUGGACCAAUUACCCAAUGCUUACGAAAUUUUUCGUGA